AUGCUGUUUACAACACCCAAGCAAUUCAAGGAAGCUAUAAUAGAAUAUGCAGUUCAUGGUGGAUGGGGGAUCAAAUUUAUGAAAAAUGACUUGCAAAGGGUAAGAGCUGUCUGCCAGGAAAAUUACAAGUUUGUUGCCUAUCUAGCAAAGGUGCCAAGGGAGAGGAGCUACCAACUAAGGACAUUGAAUUUGGAACAUACAUGCUCUAGAAAUUUUAAGAACCAGAGGUGUACUUCAUCAUACAUUGGGAAAAAGUUGAUGAAGAAGGUGAAAAGACAGCCCAACAUGAAGCUGAGAGACAUCCAAGAAGCUGUCUAUGAGAAGUAUACCAUAAACAUAAGUGUUGGAAAAGCAAGUAGGACUAGGGAUAAGGCUAGAGACUAUGUGGAUGGGGCUUAUACACAACAGUACAACCAGCUAUGGGAGUAUUGUGAUGAAUUAAGGAGGUCUAGUCUUGCCAGUACAAUACUUAUGAAGAUACAUACCUUCAAUGAGGGUGAUUUAGCAGCUGAGUCUGAUUUGGUGUGUGAAGUGCCUUAUUUUGAAAGGCUAUAUAUAUGUUUAGAGGGAUGUAAGAAGGGGUUUCUAGCUGGAUGCAGGCCAUUCAUUGGUUUGGAUGUCUGUCAUUUGAAAAACAAGUCAGGGGGCCAAUUGAUUACUGCAAUAUGCAGAGAUCCUAAUGAAGAGUAUUUCCCACUUGCAUAUGUAGUGGUAGAGGCUGAAACGAAGGACUCUUGGACCUGGUUCAUCAAUCUAUUACUUGCAGACAUAGGCCAGAAUAAGAGAUGGGGGUUGGUGCAAACAUUCAUUGACAACUGGUUCAUCAAUCUAUUACUUGCAGACAUAGGCCAGAAUAAGAGAUGGGUGUUUAUGAUUUACUGCAGGCACCUCUAUAACAACUUCAGGAAGGACCAUCCUGGUGUUUUGAUUAGAGAUAUGUUUUGGAGGGCAGCUAAGGCAACUUACAAACAAGAGUUUGAUAGGGUGAUGGAUGAGCUGAAGGAGAUUGAUGCUGAUGCACACAGGUGGUUGGAUUCUCACUCAACAACAAAAUGGGCCAGACACAUGUUUAGUGAGGAUGGCUUGACUGACACCAUACUCAACAAUAUGUGUGAGAGCUUCAACAGCAGGAUUCUUAAAUUCAGAUCUAAGCCUAUAAUUAGCAUGCUUGAGUGCAUCAGACUAUAUCUAAUGACUAGGUUCCAAGAGAACAGAGAGAAGGGUGUGAGGCUAGAGUCACAUAUUUGUGCCAAGGUGAUGAAAAGGUUGCACAAGGAAAAGCUGGCAGCCAAUAGGUGGUUAGCUUGCUGGGCAGGGCAGACACAAUUUGAAGUGAAAAAUAAUUUGCAGAGUUUCACUGUUGACUUGGCCACAACACACUGUAGUUGUAGGAAGUGGAACAUAACUGGCAUACCAUGUGCUCAUGCAAUCUUCUGCAUAUUUUUCAACAGACAAGAUGCUAAGCAGUAUGUUCACCCCUGUUACCAUGUAUCUACAUACAGAGCAUGCUACGAGCCAAUCAUAGCACCAAUAAAUGGGCAAAAUAUGUGGAGACCAAGUGAUGUGACCCCAGUUCAGCCACCUAUCAAAAGAAGACCACCUGGCAGGCCUAAGAAGAAGAGGGUAAGGGAACCUUAUGAGCCAACAAGUGGUAAGAGAGCUGGCAUCUCUAAACAGUGUAACACUUGUGGUAAGUUAGGGCACAAUAAGAGAACUUGCAAGGGGGAGAUUGGAGGGAACUCUUCACUGCCAGGCACCACAAAAAAAACUAGGACAUAUAAUAAGGCCAAGACGGCCACAUCCACACCAUUUGCACCACCCCAAGCUGCCAUGUAUAGCCCAUACCAGUUCAGACCAGCCACUCAGUUUGCACCAUAUCCCAGUACACAGCAGCAUAACUCCACCCCAAAUGCAUCACACCAAUCAGGUGCAUAUCACAGCUCCAAUAGCAGCAACCCAACCUUAAGGCAGAAAAAGAAAAGGGUGGUCACAUCAGAGACUCUGAAGACUUCUAAGAAUGCAUCCAGAUACAUGGAAGCAAUCAAACAUGCUAGAAGUCAAUCAUCUGUGCAAGGUCCAAGGAAAUGA